GUCGGUGUUCUCUUGUCUAACAAACCACCAAAAUGCUGACCACCAUCUGGACAGUGACGAGCAUCCUGCUUAUCAGAGCAGCACAGUGUGCUACAAUCGUCCCACUGACAGCUCCAUCCUAUGCAAGUCAGCCUCUGCUAGACUCAUUUGUCUCAUUCUCGAUCGAAUUUUCCUCAUUCCCUGAUUUUGCUGGCAACUCGACGCACCCAAACACCUUCUCCUACAAUCUGCUCCAGAAUCUAUGGGAUCUCCAGGGUACACCUCCCAUCAUCCGAGUUGGUGGCAACACACAGGACUAUUAUACAUUCGAUGCCACUCAGCAAGAAGCUCUGGUCGGAAGUGUUGAUCCCUCACGCUCUCCAGAUUACCCAACAACCAUUUCCAUUGGUCCAUCAUACUUUGAUUCAUACACGACAUGGCCAGGCUUCAGCUAUGUUCAUGGCUUGAAUCUGGGUAAGAAUGGUACGGUAGGCUACGAUACACUCGUUGCCACAGUUCCACUUGUCUGUCAACACCUCGCAGCCACCAACAGACUCGCCUACUGGCAACUCGGUAAUGAGCCCGACUUAUUCGAGACAAGUACCCAAGGCCCCGUGCGACCAUCAUGGUGGGCCGAGCCACAGUACGUCGAAGAAUACCUCAACAAAACACGCAUCAUCCGCGGACUGGUCCAGGAACACUGUCCUGAGGUGAUUGAGCAGGACAGACUCAAAUACCAAGCUCCUUCAUUCGCUGGUACAGCCAACAACUUGGAUCUCGUCACCACCUGGAACGAGGGAAUCGACGCUGAUAGCGAGAUUGCCUUGAUUGAUAGCCACAACUAUAUCAAUGGCGCCACUGCCCCUGGCGUCACCUUACAAGGCACAUUGAUGAACCAUACCUCCACCGUCAUCUCUGUCGACAAACAUAUCGAUGAGAUCCGACAACCCGCCAUUGCCGACUCCGGCCUACCCUACAUCCUCGGCGAGACCAACAGCUUGUACAACCAAGGCGCACCAGGACUGUCGGAUUCAUUCGGCGCUGCGCUAUGGGGAGUUGAUUUCAACCUAUAUUGCGCCGCCUCGGGCAUUCGUCGCGUCCACAUGCACCAAGGCACCAACUAUCGAUAUGCCAGCUGGCAGCCCAUCGACACAAACCUCGCCACCACGGCCACCAAAGCUCCUUACUAUGGCAAUAUCGCGGUAGCGACAUUCCUCGGCAACACCAGCGCCAGCGACAACGUAAGAAUAUCAGAACUAGAUCUCGACUCCGAACCCUACCACAGCGCCUAUGCCGCCUACAUCAACGAUCGACUCGAACGGAUCGCCCUGGUUCAAAUGCAAGCAUACAACUCGACCGAUGGCGGUCAAGGUGGAGAUCGGCCCAGUGAGACCUUUACAUUACAGCUAGACGGCGAUUUCUCGACCGUUCAAGAAAUCGAGAUCCUUCGACUCACGGCCAGUGGUAGUAAUGCCGUCACAGAUGUUUCUUUUGACGGAUAUUCAUACAGUCAUGAUCUAGAUGAUGGUCGUCCUUCUCUGUUGCCAGAUGUUCCGCGCGGAGAGGUCGUGCAGGUCACGAGUGGUGGUGAGGUAGUGGUGGAUUUGCCUUGGUCGAGUGCUGCGGUGUUGAUUUUAAAGAGGUCGUCGUGAUGAUGAGAGGAUUUGGUUCAUGAUCAUGAUCAUGAUCAUGAUUGUCGUUGACGUUCUCUUUUUUACCUGGCUUAUGAUAGACGUACUAUAAAUAAUAAUCUCAUGUCUCUAGAUACA